AGAAGUGAAGUGGAAGGAGCGGAAAAAGAAGGCGAAAAGAAGAAGAAGAAGAAGAGAAUAUCCAAGAAAAAGACGGGUUGCUUUGGUAGCGAGAUUCAGUUUGGCUUCGUUUCAAGUCUCAACUCCGAGACGAUAAACGACGGAAUAACACAAAUUUCAGGACCUUUGGAGUUAGCUUUGCUUCCUUAGAUUGGAUCUGAGAUACUAAAAGAUCGACAAAAACUCUGUCAUUGCUUUUCUAGUCAUGAAAGAUCGCCCGCUCUGCAUUUUGUGAUAAGAAUCCGUGUAUUGAGUCCUCCGGUCGGAAGACAGUUUGAGUUUACUUCGAUUGAUGGCUACGACUUCGGACGUAUCGACCACCUUUCGCCCGGAACAUCCCAGUGGCCAAUUCAAUUACGGUGCGGCUGUGCGUGCUCCCAAUUACCCAAGAGAAGUGGUUGGAGAUGGAAUAGGUUCUUUGUCGAAGCCUUACGAUUCGACUUCUGCUACAGGUUUGCCCGGUAAUCCUCGCCGUGUUCAACCUCCGCCACGUUCUUCAAAGCAGUCCACCGACGAGUGGGUCUCCUCUAUUUGUGGCAUGACCACUCUUGCCCAUCCCACGCUUCCACGUCACGAGUCGCCAAAGGAAGAGUUACCUGCUUCUUUGAAGAAAUGUCUCCGAUUGGACAAGGAGCAACAUGCAGUCGUCGCCCUGAACGAUGGUCUUACCGGAAUGGUGAAAACAACUUUUCCCGAAGAUGUAUUAAAAGAAUCUUCCACGGAGCAAGAACCGUGCGUCAAACACCCCAUUGACGAUCCUGAGAGUUGUGUGUGUAAUUGUUCGUCGAAUCUAAUGGAUUUCGUUUCGGCGCCUAGUAAACUAAGUAUGGAGGAACAGGACCUACCAUUAACAUCUCAAUCACCCGUCGGUUACUGCCCAAGUCCUGAUAAUAGUUUCCACACUGCGAUCCAAAACCCAGAUGCCAAGGACAGUUCUGCAGCCACGGAAGUUAGUGACUGUGUCAGCAGCAUGGAGAAAUCUAGUGGAAGCGCCAAAGUUAGUAACUCGUGUGAUAUUAUGGAGAGUAGGAAGACGAGUAUAUACAGAGGCAGCACGGGUAGUGAUGUUAGUGAGGAGAGCAGCUCAAGUAGUUUUAACAGUGCAAUGAAUAAACCCCACAAAGCAAACGAUACGAAAUGGGAAGCAAUUCAAGCUGUUCGAUCUCGUGGAGAGGAUUUGGGGUUGAACCACUUUAGGAUUUUGGAUAAGUUGGGCUGUGGAGAUAUAGGUAGCGUUUACCUAUCGGAGUUGAGCGGGACUAGAAGUUAUUAUGCCAUAAAGGUUAUGGAUAAAGCAGCACUAGCGAGUAGGAAGAAGCUUCUACGGGCUCAGACAGAAAGAGAGAUAUUGCAGUCCCUGGAUCAUCCUUUCCUGCCCACUUUGUAUACACACUUUGAGACGGAAAAAAUUUCCUGCUUGGUCAUGGAGUUCUGUCCUGGAGGUGACUUGCAUGCACUUCGGCAGAGACAACCAGGGAAAUAUUUUCCAGAGCAUGCAGCUAGAUUUUUUGUGGCAGAGGUUCUACUGGCUUUGGAGUACCUUCACAUGCUUGGGAUCAUUUACAGAGACCUUAAACCAGAGAAUGUUUUAGUGAGGGAUGAUGGCCAUAUUAUGCUUUCAGAUUUUGAUCUAUCUCUAAGAUGUGCAGUUUGCCCAACUCUUGUGAAGUCCUCAAACACAGACAUGAACUCAGGAAAGAACUCUGGUUACUGUGUUCAGCCUUCUUGCAUUGAACCAACUUGCAUAAUUCAGCCAUCCUGCAUACAACCAGCAUGUUUUGUACCACGCUUCCUAUCAAGCAAGUCCAAGAAAGAAAAGAAGACAAAACCAAAGAAUGAAGUCUAUAAUCAAGUGAGUCCACUCCCAGAGCUUAUGGCAGAACCUACAAGUGCUCGGUCAAUGUCCUUUGUAGGUACGCAUGAGUACUUGGCUCCAGAGAUAAUCAAAGGAGAAGGACAUGGCAGUGCUGUAGAUUGGUGGACUUUCGGUAUCUUCCUAUAUGAGCUUUUGUUUGGGAAGACUCCAUUUAAGGGGUCAGCCAACCGUGCUACGCUAUUCAAUGUGGUAGGGCAGCCCCUAAGAUUUCCAGAGUCACCUAGUGUGAGCUUUGCUGCAAGGGACUUGAUCAGAGGUUUGCUUGUGAAAGAGCCACAACAUCGUCUAGCAUAUAGGCGUGGGGCCACAGAAAUUAAGCAACAUCCAUUCUUUCAGAGUGUGAAUUGGGCACUUAUCCGGUGUACCAGUCCGCCAGAGGUGCCAAAGCCAUUCAUGAUGAACUUACCAGCAAAAUCAGAUGUGCCACAGGCACCCAAAAAUGAGAAGAUGCCGAGGGUUGACAUGAAGCCUUCAGGUAAUUAUUUAGAUAUUGAUUUCUUUUGAUUCUUGUAGUUGUAUCUUUCUGUACCAAUUUCCAUGGUAAGAUAUUGUCAUAUGCUUCUUCUUUUUUCCCAACUACAAAGAUCAGAAAUUGUUGCUCCUCCAAACGUCAUGUGUAAUUGAUCUUUCGCUUCACUA